AUGAUGCCCGAGGGCCAGGGGGCGCCUGCCUCUCCCCAGGCGUUUCGGAGCAGCCCGGACAGGGGCUCGUCGGGGCCCGCAGCCUGCCCGCCGCCCCAGCUCCCGGCCCCGGGGCCCCCGCAGUCCCCGGCCCCUCGUCGGGGCGCCAUCCGCGCCAGCUUCCCGCAGAAGCUGGCGGAGGCGCUGAGCAGCCAGUAUGGGCUGAACGUGUUCGUGGCGGGGCUGCUGUUCCUGCUGGCCUGGGCCGUGCACGCCUCGGGCGUGGGCAAGAGCGACCUGCUGUGCUUCCUCACGGCGCUCAUGCUGCUGCAGCUGCUCUGGAUGCUGUGGUACGUGGGCCGCAGCUCCGCGCACCGCCGCCCCAGCCGCCUCAAGGACACGCACGCCGGCGCGCGCUGGCUCCGCGGUAGUAUCACAUUGUUUGCAGUCAUUACCAUCAUCCUGGGAUGCCUUAAAAUUGGGUACUUCGUUGGAUUUUCUGAAUGUUUAUCAGCCACAGAAGGAGUUUUCCCUGUUACCCAUGCGGUACAUACUCUGUUGCAGGUGUACUUUCUUUGGGGGCACGCAAAGGAUAUCAUCCAAUCUUUCAAAACACUGGAAAGGUUUGGGGUGAUCCACUCAGUGUUCACCAACCUGCUUCUUUGGGUGAACAGCGUCCUGAAUGAGUCAAAGCACCAGCUUAACGAGCACAAGGAGAGGCUCAUCACCCUGGGCUUCGGGAACAUAACAAUAGUUUUAGAUGACCACACGCCUCCGUGUAACUGCACACCCCCGACCCUCUGCUCUGCCAUCUCCCACGGGAUCUACUACCUCUACCCUUUCAACAUAGAAUAUCAGAUACUGGCCUCCACGAUGCUCUACGUCCUGUGGAAAAACAUCGGGCGCAAAGUUGACAGUCAUCAGCAUCAGAAGAUGCAGUUCAGGUCUCACGGGGUCAUGCUGGGCUCGGUACUGGGCCUGACCGCACUGGCUGCCACCAUUGGGGUCGUGGUGGUGUAUCUGAUUUGGAUCGGGCGUUCCAAAACCAGGAGCGAGUCAGCACUCAUCAUGUUCUACCUGUAUGCCAUCAUCUUGCUCAUGCUCAUGGGGGCGGCAGGGCUGGCUGGGAUCCGGAUUUAUAGGCUAGAUGAGCAAUCACUAGAUGAGUCCAAAAAUCCGGCCCGCAAACUGGACGCAGACCUGUUGGUGGGCACUGCCUCCGGCUCCUGGCUCAUCUCCUGGGGCUCCAUCCUGGCCAUCCUCUGUGCCGAGUCCCGCCCCCCGUACACCUGGUACCACCUGCCCUACUCCAUCCUGGUGGUUGUUGAGAAAUACAUCCAGAACCUCUUCAUCAUUGAGUCCAUUCACCGAGAGCCAGAGAAGCUCUCCAAGGACAUCAGAACCCUGCAGGUGGUCACAGUCUGCAAUGGCAAUGCCACAUCCCUCCCUUCUUCUUGCUUUGAGAGCAGACCUGCAGCCGGGGACGUGGCUCCCCAGGGCAGCGAGAUGCCACAUGCAGCCAAUGGAAAUAUGUGUCUGAGAGAAGUUGGUAGCAAAGAGGAAGAGGAGAAGAGCUGGGAAGGGGCCCUGGGCCCAGCCUGCCACCCCCAUUUCCUGCAGGGCAAUGCCCAGAGAAGAGUCUUAAGGAAUAUUGCAGCCUUUUUGUUCCUCUGCAAUAUUUCGCUCUGGAUCCCUCCCGCCUUUGGCUGCCGCCCCGAGUACGACAACGGAUUGGAGGAAAUUGUCUUUGGCUUUGAACCCUGGAUAAUAGUGGUCAACCUGGCCAUGCCUUUUUCUAUUUUCUACCGAAUGCACGCAGCUGCCUCCCUCUUUGAGGUCUAUUGUAAGAUAUAAUCUGUGUCCACAUCAAAGACUGAGGAGAGAGCUAACAAGAGAAUUCAGUGGAGCCACCUGGGAAUGGCGAGGUCGGGCAAAUACUGCCUUACAAAUGUGAGAAGGGCCGCCUUUUGUCUGCGAUAAUUGUUUUUCCCAUGAGCUGGAAUUACCCAUCACCCUAGAUGAGUGUAAACAAGUUAGAUCAAAAUCUGAGAUGGCUGAAGU